GCGAGCACAAGUUGUAAACAAACGCUAGCUCCCAUCAGCACGUGCGUGAUACGGCACCCAUUCGGAUAGUUCGGAUUCCAAUAUUUUAUCCGGUAAUUCUUGUAUCUUCAGAACCAAUCGAAAUGGUAUUCUUCACGUGCAAUCAUUGUGGUGAAUCGCUCAAAAAACAAGCCGUCGAAAAACAUGGCUGGAAGUGCAAACGCGAACUCAACGUCUCCUGCAUGGACUGCCAGAAGGAUUUUGUAGGUAAGCAGUACGAUGCACAUACCAGCUGCAUCACGGAAGCGGAAAAAUACUCCGGUAAGGAUUAUGUACCCAAGGCCAACGCCAACAAGGGAGCCAAGAAGCAAGAGGCCUGGAUAGACACGAUUCGAUCGAUUACAGACAGUAAGGGGAACCUGUCGAAAGGAAUCGGUGAGGUGUUUAACGUGAUCCGCAAGAACGACAAUAUUCCUAGGAAAAAGAAAGGAUUUCUGAAUUUCUUCGCCAAUUCGGCGAAGCAUGUUCGGCGGAAUGAUGUUGAAGCUGCCUGGGCUUUGCUAGAGGAAGAGGUGAAAAAGAAUCAAAGCAACGGCACUGAGGAGCCGAAGCAAUCGAACGGAGUCGAUAUGGAUGAAAUGUGGAUCCCGGGGCAGAAGGGAUCGACGUCGAAUGAGAAGAAAAAUGUUACUGAAAGCAAACAGAACGGCUUCAAGAAACGGAAGCUAGAGGAGGAGGUGGAAGAAGGCGUACCUGUCGAAGAACCAGCAAAAAAGAAGAGCAAGAAGAAGAACCAGCAAGCACAGAAUGGAGCUAAACAGACACCGGAACAGAAGCAGCUCCUGGUGGAAGACGCGGAAGAAAAUCAAACUAACGGGGAAGAAACUGAGUCAAAGUUCAAAUGGGCCGAUGUGAUUCGGACGACGCUGAGCACCAGGAACAACGAGAUGAAGCUGGAAAAGCUCAAGAAAAAGGUUCUGAAGAAGUAUCGGCAACUGAUGGGAGGCGAGGAAGUGAGCGACAAGAUUGAGCGUAAGUUUAGUAAGAAGCUUACUAAACUGGGCGUUCAGGUAGAUAACGAUACGGUUCGAUUGAUAGCGUAGGUAAUAAGAAAUGUAUUAAGUA